AUGGCCACUUUGCAAGACCGCUCGACCGCCGAGAUGGAGCAGGCUGUACAGGAGGGGUUCGACCUGUCCUGGCUGCAAAAGAUCAAGGAUCAGAUUCCCGGCGCUGCCGAUGAGUUGGCCCACGACCCGACGCUCGCGGACAAUACGCCUGACCUGCUGGACGAGUCGACCAACUUUACCCAGCGCACGCGUGGCGCUCUGCCACGGCCGGGCGUUCCCCAGUACACGGCCUACACCUUCCGCGACAAGAAGGAAGUCUGGGGCUACAACCUGACCAAGCUGUACCAGGAAGCGGUGUCGCGGCAAUGGUCGUCGGCUACCGAUAUUCCGUGGGAGAGCAUGCGCCCCCUGCCUGACGAUGUGGAAGCGGCCCAGUGCCAGCUGGCCACCUUCUUUGCACAGGUUGAGUUCGUCGCUGCUGAUGUUCCGGGCCGUUUCAUCGCCCAGAUGUCGCCCGACUACCACGAAGUGCGAAUGUUCCUGCUGACCCAGGUCAUGGACGAGUCCCGCCACAUGGAAGUCUUUCGCAAGCGGGCCCUGUCCAACGGCGGCGGGCUGAUGCGCAUGAUCGACUCGGUGAGCGACGUUACGGGCGGCAGCACCGACAACGCCCGCGAGUUUACCGAAAUGUCCAGCCGUCUGCACAUCGUCGGCGAAGGGAACGUGCUGACGCUGUUCCGCCUUGGCGAGUUGAUGGCGUACAACGAUGCGGAGAAGGCCAUCUACCGGCGCGCCGCACAGGAUGAGGCUCGCCAUGUAGCCUUCGGCGUGCUGCACGCCCGCUAUAUGAACGAGUGCGCGCCCGAACGUCGUGAGGAAAUCCACGCCUAUCUGGACGAGGCCGAAGACCGGCAGGCCACCGGCAACGGCGGCGAGAAUCCGGCGGCCCGCGGCGCCAACCUGACUGCCGAAUCCCUGGCUAUCCUGCUCGGCGGCGGGGCUGACAAGGCCGAUGAAGGACAGAAGAUUCUGGCGGCCAUCCGCCAGCGCCAGGUGAAGGAAUACUUCCAGCGCCUGAAGUCCUGCGGCUUCGAUGAUCGCAUCGAAAACGGCCGGGUCAACCCGGCGCUGCUGGAGGCCUACCAGGCGGCGCCGUAG